UCCGAUGCAUCUGCUAGUAGUUAAUACAAAAAUAAUGAAGGUGCAUAUAAAACUAGGGUUACACAUUAUAUUAUUUCCUUUUUAUUGAUGAUGGAGAGUUUAGUUGUAUAUGAUUAAGGCGCAAGGCGUUAAACGAAGGAUGGGUGAGCGCAAGUCGUUUAUGGUCAACUUGGUAUCGUCUCUAGGACGGAUGGAUCUAAGCUUGCUGAAGGGUGUGGUGGCUGACUGUGAAAAUUCUACUGAAGCAAUGGCUGCCGACCGCGAUGAAAUACAUGGCGAUGUAGAAGAGUCUGAAUCGAACCCGAACGAAUACGUUACUCAAGAGAUAUCGAAUGACAGUGCAGAUAAAUUACCAACCGUGUUGGACAACGACGCAUUGACUCCUGAUUCAGCUAUUGUCCAUAUGGGACAUCAAGUGGACACCGUUGAGUUGAAUGACUGUACGGGUGAACCCAUUAUAGACAUGAGUUGCGGAACGCUUAUACCUCCCAGCCAGCACUCCACCAAUGACAACACAACAGUGGCUACCGCAGAAGUGCCAUGUGACGAUGUGCACGAAACAUCGGAUGACGGUGAUGAGCACGAUGGAGCGAGCGUCACCUUUGAUUGCGUAUUAAGUGAGAGUGAGGACUCAAAUGCGUAUGUACCGGGUGGGUACCAUCCGGUUAUAGAAGGCGAGGUAUAUGACGACCGAUACCGCAUCGAGUGUAAACUUGGUUGGGGUUAUUUCUCAACUGUGUGGCUGGCAGCAGACAUGUGUGAAAAGAAUCCAAGAUUUGUUGCCAUCAAGUUCCAACGCAGUGCGCAGAACUACACCGAUGCUGUAAAGGACGAGAUGAUUUUGUUAAGAACGGUUCGAGACCAGAUUAUAACGAGGACUUGGACUGAUACCAGGGCAACGUACAAACAGCAACUUGGCGAGUUGUAUAACAACACGUGUGGUGUAGUAUCAUUUUUAAACUGGUUCUCUGUAAAGGGUCCCAAUGGCACCCAUGUAUGUGUAGUUCUGGAACCCAUGGGUCCCAAUUUGUUAUCACUGAUUAAGCUGUACAACUUCAAGGGCGUGCCUUCGUAUAUGAUCAGGAAGGUCACUGCGCACGUUUUACUGGGUUUAGACUACCUACAUCGCAUCUGUGGUAUUAUACAUACGGACCUAAAGCCGGAGAACAUAUUGGUAACUUCCAAGCUUCACGGCUGUGUACCAUGUUUACCCAAGGACACCGAUUCUGGCGUUAAUCAAAGCAGUUCCCGAAAGCGCCAGGUGGACCUGUCGUACGUAAAAUGUACCAUCAGGCCUAGUUUCAGUGACCCUACUAGUCUCACGAGUUACGACGAGCUCGAGGCGCUACAGGAUACAAUGUUCCGCAUGCCCUAUCACCAUGUGCCAUACAAAAUAUCGGAACCGCUUCGCGAGGUCAAUGGGAAAUCGUCACACCCUGAGUUGUAUCACCCAUGGGUCGCCACUAAGGUGAAUCCCAAGCCACCGUUUGCUGAGUUAACUAAACGGAAGGUUAGUGUCAAAACCGAUCAGGGCAUUUUAAAGCUGAAGCCAGUUGACAUAUCCUGCUUUGACAGGCCGGAGGCAAUUUACAAGAUCUGCGAUCUUGGGAAUGCGUGCUGGAUUAAACAACACUUUACCGAUGAAAUACAAACGAGGCAGUACAGGUCGCCCGAAGCGAUUCUGAAAAUAGGAUACGACGAAACCGCUGACCUUUGGUCGUUGGCCUGUAUUAUAUUUGAACUUUAUACUGGUGAUUACUUAUUCGACCCACAUGGGAACACCACGCAGGAGCGUGACCUCAACCACCUACAGCUUAUUGUGGAACUCCUGGGACCGCUGCCUAGCGAAAUGAUAAGGAACAGUGUCAGAUUCCACUUGCAUGAGAACGAAAUAAACUGCGUGAAGCAGUGGCCGCUGGAUAGCGUAUUAAUUCGCAAGUACAAGAUGAACCCGGUUGCCGCAAAGGCGCUCGCUGACUUUUUACUGUGUAUGCUUAGGGUAGACCCCAAAGAUAGGGUACCUGCUCAAGAACUAAUAGGUCACCAAUGGUUACACGGGACCGAUUAACUUAAACAGAUUAUUACAUUAUACCACAAGUGUUACUAGUCGUGUAUUAU